UCGUAGUCAAGUGUUGCUGCAGUUACGUCACCCGGUUACCUGACUGGGACAAAUCCUUAUACCCUUGUAUUGCCUGAGAAGUGAGGAGGCAGGAAGCAGCAGUAGUAUGGAGAAACAGUCAGCAUACAUCCAGCAGCUGUUCCAGGCAGAGAAGAGAGCUGCUGAGAUAGUGGCAGAGGCUAGGCAACAAAGGAUCAAACAUCUGAAACGAGCCAGAGAGGAAGCGCAGGCUGAGAUCGAGCAGUUCCGGCUGCAGCACGAGAAAGAGUUCAAAGUUGAAGACGCUGCUGCUUUGGAGGUCCCGGCCUGCUGCAAAGAAGCGAUUGGGAGAGAAGCCUUGGUAAAGAUAGCCAUCAUGAAGGAGGACUACAAGAACAAUAGAGAGAUGAUUAUAGAGCAGCUGGUGACCUCUGUGUGUAUUGUAGAACCAAAACUCCAUGUAAACUAUCACACCAAAGACUAGCACUGUUAUGUUGAUAAAUAAGCCUUGCUUCUCCCCUAUUACUGCCUCAUGCUAUGUUAAGCAUCUAAGUUGGCUUUUCCGUGCCUCCCGUUAAAAUAAAAAAAAAGUUUAAAUGUUUCAUCAUCAUAA